UAUUUAUUGGGAGGAAAUAGAAAGAACGGUCCUCGGUCUCCUUCAAUGGCUCUACUAACAUCUUCAACUCUCGUCGAGACCUCCUUUAAUACCCACCUCCACUUCAACCCCCCCAUCAAAAAUCGCUUCUCUCAACCAAAAAAACUAGGGUUUUCCUCCAACCCACUUUCUCCUCAACUCCACCUCUCUCACAUCAAAUGCACCAGUGGCUAUGGGGACUAUAGAGAGGAGCAAGGCCAUGUGGUUUAUCCCAGACCUUCAGAGAUUCAAUGGAAAAAGGAGCUCGCCAAUUCCGUGAACCUCAUUGGAAUCGUGGGCGCACCAGUUGAGGUCAAGUACCUGAACUCUGGUAAGAUCCUGGCUUGGACUCGACUCGGUGUCAAGAAAUCGGCCUCUGAGACCUUCUGGGUAAAUUUAACAUUCUGGAAUGAGUUGGCAAAUGUUGCAUUUCAGCACAUAGAGAAAGGCCAGCAGAUUUACGUGUCUGGUCGUCUUGUGGCAGACACCGUUGAGGGUGAGGACGAGAAGAGGCAGACAUAUUACAAGGUUGUUGUGAGUCAAAUUAAUUUUAUUGAGAAAAGCUUCUCGCCAUCUACACUUUAUGAAUCAGAGGGAAACUUUGCCAGUUCUGGUUCUAAGUUUGGAAAUCUUGGUGGCUCAAUUGAAGAGUUAUGGCAAGCAUUCUUUGCUAACCCUGUGGAUUGGUGGGAUAACAGGAAGAACAAGAAGAACCCGAAGUAUCCAGAUUUCAAGCACAAGCAUACUGGUGAAGCUCUAUGGGUUGAGGGAAAAUACAAUCCCUCAUGGGUGAAAUCACAGCUAGCCAUACUGGACUCAAGGAUGGAAAUGCUCCGUGCCAAUGAGGCAACCAUGGCUUCGUCCUUCAUUUCUGGUGAUGAUGCGAGGCCUUUCUGAAUCUGUUCACUAUACCUUUUACUUAGAAAGGGCUGCCAUGUAUCUAGUUUGAAAGAAAUUUUGGGUUCCUGGUUAUUACUUGUUGAUCUUCCAUUGAUGAGUUUCCCAGUUCUCUGAGGGUCUCCCUUUUAGAGCUUUUUGUCGAGUCUCAGAUGCAAGGUGGGCACUUGUGGAUUUUGUAAGCGAGGCUCUCUUAUUUUUGGUACAGCGAGGUUUUACUUGUGUGUCACCACAUGAGAUUGUUACUUAUACUCUGUGUGGUUUUGUAUAAGGUAAAUUUUAAUGAAAAUUGGGGUGUUUCUAU